UUCUUUUCUCUUUUCCCGGUUCUAACCUACCUUAACUUUUUGGAAAUAACCAACAUGGAGAACUCUGAGGGUAGACUCGUCGAUCUUUACAUUCCUCGUAAAUGCUCUGCUACCAACCGCUUGAUCAACGCCAAGGAUCACGCUUCCAUUCAGCUCAAUGUCGGCGAUGUGGAUGCUGAAGGUCGUUACACCAACACCUUCUCCACCUACGCUUUGUGUGGAUUCGUUCGCAAGGAGGCUGAGGCUGACGACUCCAUUAACCGCUUGGCCACUCAGGACGGUUAUUUGAAGAACGUCUGGUCCUACCAAAAGUAAAUCUAUCCGUUUAUUCUUUUUUCCUUUCUGGAUGAUGAAACGGAUGUAGAAAUUGGUGUCUGCUAGAAUAAACUAUUCAUUGAUUCGCCAAUGUUGAAUUGAUCAGCGACAACAAUAUCGAUUAUCCAAACUUUGCACGAUCCAAUUGCCUUGCAUUGUAAACCAUUUGGAUGAUUUAUUGGGACUCUUUGAAAAAACGUGCACUCAUUAGUUGGUAUUGGGUUUUGGGAUCGCUACAGAUGGAUGUUCGCGAGUAAGAAAUGAGACAAUUUUAUUCCCA